AUUAAACCAUCCUCCUCCAGGGUUAUUAGACCCUACAGCAACAGACUCACUUUUUAUUUUUAAUAGUUGCGUGUAUUAAUGUGAGAUUGAUGUGUAGCCUGCUGGAGAGAUCCCGCGCUGAUAAUACAAACGAAUAGCCUAAUAAAGCAGCUUUCAUAAGACUGUAGAGCAGCAGCACGCAGCCGGAGUGUGUGUGUGUGUAGGAGGGAACUCAGUUUGACCUGUAACUAGGGUUGAGUUAAGGGUGUGUACAGUACAUUUACCACAUACUUCACUCGACAUUUACCUUUCUGUACAGGUAUCAAGAGCUCUAAGCUUUAUCCUCAGACCUCAGCAGGGAUUGUUCUGCUUUUGUACAGCUGGUGUUGUGGACUGGUCCUCCUCGCGCGAGCAAAGCGCUCGUGUAUGAAGCGAGUCCAAACCCAAGCAAGACCAGUAGACGCCCAUUCUGUGAGCUGUGUGUUUUUGAGUAAAGCGUGAAGAUGCUGCAGCAGAUCCUGGCUGACAUGUACAUCGAGCCGGAGCUGCUGUCUGAGCUCAACGAGGAGCAAAAACAGGUGCUGUUCCUCAAGAUGAGGGAAGAGCAGAUCAGGAGAUGGAGAGAGCGAGAGACACAGCUGGAGAAGGAGGAGGCUGCAAGUCUGAAAGGCAGAAAAGUUUCAGGAAAGUUUGUGUCAUGGAUGAAGGGUCUUGAUGAUGAUGAUGUGUGGGUUUGGGUGAUGGGAGAACAUCGUGACGACAAACCUUACGAUCAAAUCUGUGACGAGAUCAUGGCCGAGAGAGCAGCGCUGCAGGCUCAGAGAGAGGCUGAACAGCUCAGGGCGAGGAAAGAAGCUGAGCUGGAGAAGCGUUUCUCUGGACUGAGUGUCGAGCCGGAGCAGGUCGUGUUGUCGGAUCAGCUGAAGGCCAGAGAGGAACAGAGAAGAGCAGAUGAGGAACUCAAGGAGGAGAGGCGUAAGGCUGAAGAGGAUCUGAGGAGGCUGGAGCAGGAGAGAAAACAGCAGAUCUACAUCAGCCUGAAGGAGAAGAAGCAGCAAGAACACACACACGACCAGCAGGACAACCACUGGCAGCAGACAUUGCAGAAAUCAAAAGCCGCAGACGUGCGCAGACGGUCUCUAGCCAAGCAGACAAUGGAGGACCACCGCAGGCGCUCAGUGAAAGCUCUUGAGAGAGGACGUGUAGCGGCCGUCACAAAGGCCUUCACCAGCCCAAAUCCAGACCCAAACCCUCCACCUCCUCCUAAACCCAAACCCAGAAACACCAGCGCUGCCAUUAGCCGGAAGGCUGGUAUGCGGCGCUCGUUUUCGGCGACUAGUCGAGACCAUAUCGUCCGCUGGUUUCGGGAGGAGCAGUUCCCCCUCAGAGCAGGAUUUCAGCGCGACCACAGCCGGAUCGCCCGCUGGUUUCACGGUAUUAUAUCUCGUGAACAGGCGGAGGCGCUGCUGAAGGACGGCGGGCCCGGGCUCUUCCUGGUGCGUGUCAGCGAGAGGAUAUUUGGAUAUGUGCUCUCCUAUCGAUCUAAAGAGGGAGUCAAACACCUGCUGAUCGACGCCUCGGAGAACUGCUACAUGCUCCUGGGAGACCAGAUCAGAUUCACAUCACUCAGUGAACUCGUGGAGUAUCAUCAGGUGGAGCCGCUGAGCUCGUGUGGAGAAGAGGAGUUUCUGCUGCAGGCGUGUGGACAGAGCGAGGCCACAGCGGACUAUACCGAGCUCUUCACCUGACAAACACACACACACACACGUGUGGACAGAGCGAGGCCAUAGCGGACUAUACCAAGCUCUUCACCUGACACACACACACAAACAUGUGGACAGUCCAAGACCACAUCAGACUAUACCAAGCUCUUCACCUGACACACACACACACACGUGCGGACAGAUCAAGACCACAGCGGACUAUACCGAGCUCUUCACCUGACACACACACUACUCUCAAAUCAAUCAGAACAAGACACAAUCAUGACUCUCAUUACAGUCAGGUUCACAUUUCAUAAACACCCCAUUUUUCAAGUAUUGACUAACUGAAAAGUUUAAAUUACCAAUUUUAUAUCUAAAUAUAUAUGAGCCUGUUCCUUUGUGUAGAACAGGCCUUUUCCACUUCAGAAAUGGAUGUGAUGUUGAUGAUUAGUAAAAGCACUCUUCAUUUAUCCUGAACUAACUAUAGCUGGUUCAGUGUAAAGCAAACCGAAUGUUAUAGGUGUGACCGGGAAUAAUUGACAGGGCGAAAUCAUAACUUUGAUGGAGCAUAAAGAGUUUAUUAUUUUUAUUCACAACAAUUUAAAACACAUUUUUGAAGCUGUGAAGUUUUUUUUUUCCCUCCAACACUUUACAAUAAGUGCUGCGAUAUGAAAACAUUUACACAUUCAACAGUUUUCCUGUAAAAAAACAGCACAUUUAGUUUUGCACUUGUAAAGUGAGUGGAAACAUUAUGAAGGAAACCAUUAAAACACCCUCUCUUAA